AUUGACGAACUGGCAAGGCCCAAUAGCUUUUAGGUCUGGCAAGGCUUUUUUGUCGUUUUGCAACACACAACACUUAUAAUGUUUGGGCUCCUGCGAUAUCAACUAGUACAAAAUGUAAGAAAAUUUGAACGAAACAUGGCUUUCUACGCAGUUUCCAAGGGCCGAAAAGUUGGCAUUUAUGAAAACUGGGCGCAAUGUGAGCAACAGGUGAAGGGCUUCAAGGGGGCUGUUUAUAAGAAAUUCAACACACGUCAAGAGGCCAAUCAAUUUAUAAGUCCAGCUGGAGCUAGUGGAAGUUACACACCGGAGGAAAUAGCUGUGCCACUGGGCAAAAAACAGACACAGCCAGUCAAUUGGGCUGCAAACCAACAGCAGCCAAAGAAAAACAGAGACUUUUGGCCAGAGGAUGUGGCUGAGGAAGACGCUGUCGACGAAGAUGACUUGAUAGCAGCAAUGAAUGAAAUUGAAGGAUUUCCGGUGCCUUCUUCAAACAGUCGCAAGCGUAAAGCAGAGGAUUACAAUUCAAACUCCAAAUUAAAACGGCACGCAUCCAAUGUAGAGGAAGCCGUUGCGCUGAAACAAUUUGGUGGAUUUGAGUUUGUAAUGGAUGGCGAAGGCUAUGUGAUUGUUUAUACAGAUGGCUCGUGUUUGGGCAAUGGCCGUUCAAAUGCCUGUGCUGGCUUUGGCGUCUAUUUCGGUGACAAUCAUCAACUAAAUGCUGGAAAACCAGUUUUGGGACGUGUGACGAACAAUGUGGGAGAAAUACAAGCUGCCAUUUAUGCGAUUAAGACAGCAUUGGAUUUGGGAAUUCCAAAGCUCUGCAUUAGCACGGACUCUCAGUUUUUAAUUAAUUCUAUAACGCAAUGGGUUCAAGGCUGGAAACGGCGAGGUUGGCGCUUAAAAAACAACGAGCCUGUUAAAAAUGUUGCUGAUUUCAAGGAAUUGGAUGAGCUGCUGCAAAGCGAUGGUAUCAAAGUUAAAUGGAACUAUGUCGAGGCACACAAAGGCAUCAAAGGCAACGAAAUGGCUGACAAGUUGGCAAAGCAAGGUUCCUACUUAUAUAGGGAAUUAAAUAACAAAAAUUAAAUUUCAAAUACAUUUAUAACCUUCCAUGUCUUAGUAAGGGAGCUAAGGUGGAUUGAAAAUUCUUAA